AUGUUAGCACCCGAGGGAAUCGCUGUCGUAGUGGGUUUAUUAGCUCACCAGCUGAUUUUCAUAAAUGGCGAGUGGCAUCUGCGAGGGCCAAGUGUGGUUGUCUUUCAUAUAAUCUUUGGAAUCAUCCUAUACUCCGCCGUCCUUUUCCUUCGUCCCGACAGCCGCAAGAGCAAUGUCAAUCGAGUCACACUCUCUAUACUAAUUUACCACAUCUCCCUGUUCAGCAGUAUUACGAUCUACCGAAUAUUCUUCCACCGCUUACGAAGAUUUCCCGGCCCACGACUGGCAGCAUGUACCAAACUCUGGCAUGUCUGGAAAUGCCGUGACUCGCGAGGCCACCUCGUUCUUCAGGCGUGGUAUGAAGAAUACGGACCAUUCGUGCGAACAGGUCCCAGCGAAACUACAAUCUUUCACCCUGAAGCAUACGAAGCAAUGGACGGGGCUCACAAUCGAAAUACUCGAUCCGACUGGUAUGAUCUACUAUACCCGCGAAUUUCAUCAAUCUUCACCCGCGACAAGAAACUUCAUAAUGAACGACGGAAAAUGUGGGAACAAGCUCUUAGUACCCAAUCCCUACAACAAUACCACCGCAGAGUCAUAGAAAAGGUCCACACCCUGGAGAAUCUCAUCGCAGCGGAAGUAUCAACUCCAGUCCUGGUAAAUGACCUGAUGUACUUCUUCGCAUUCGACUCAAUGGGGGAUUUUGCCUUCAGCGAAGACUUCGGCAUGAUGCGCACCAAGCAAUGGCACUCAUCUAUUGCGAUGCUGCGAUCGGCGCUCACCUUGCUGGGACCAUUUAGUCCGGCUAUCUGGAUUCCGAGGCUCGGAUUUGCUUUUAUACCCGGGUUAUGGAAAGUCAGGCAUUGGUUUUACAUGCUUCAAUUCUGUGAUGAGUGUAUCGCGAGACGGGUGAAGAAAGUGCUUCCCGAUCGGGACAUCGCGUCUUGGUUUAUCGAAGAUCAUGAGAAGCAUGGAUCAGAUCCUACACGCGCACAGUGGUUGAGUGGUGAUACUGCUACACUUGUUGUUGCUGGAAGCCUAACACUUCUGAUAUACUUCCUCGCGCGAUUCCCUAACCAUGCGGAACGAGUAAAUAACGAGCUUCAAGAUAUAAACAUCGAAGACCCAGUCAUUCUAUCUACCCUCCCUCAUCUAAACGGCACAAUAAACGAAGCAAUGCGACUGCUGCCCGCCGUACCAACAUUCAGCUCUCGAGUAACACCACCGGAAGGUCUGGUAAUCGAUGGGAAAUUCAUACCAGGAGGGACGAAAAUUUGUGCUCCUCGGUACACAAUUGGUCGACGUGCGGAUUUCAUCCCAUUUUAUCACAUUGUACAAAGAGAAGCUGACAGGCCACCAGUAACAUCAGCCUUUAUCAACCCCCACUCGUUCAUCCCAGAGCGGUGGUACAGUCGACCGGAGCUGAUACGAGACAAAAGGGCUUUUGCACCAUUUGGUAUAGGUAAGAUGCUACCCAAGGUGUUUGAUGACAGCGAAGGACAUAUGCAUCGGCCUUUCUGGCGUACAAGUUGUGUUGGGCGUCAUUUGGCACUCGCACAGAUUCGACUUGUUGCCGCUGCUUUGGUGUCAAAAUAUCAAAUCAAAUUUGCGCCAGGGGCAGGCUUGGGGGAGGCUGUUGAGAGGGAUAUGAGAGAUCAACUUACUGCGCAGCCUGGGGCUUGUUGGGUUGUUUUUCAUCCGAGGUGA